AGAAGAUAACAUUGUACCUUGUAUGUCAAAAGAUGUAAAUUUAACCAAUAAAGAUACAAUUUCUUCUUUAAAUUCACUUGGGCUAUCGCGUUUAAUAUCAAAAUCAGUUGCUAGAAUUCAUAAUUGAACGCGAUGAUGCGUGCAGAUUGGUUCUUUUACGUAUACCCGAGAUGAUCAACCAACAUUGGAAAAUAAAGAACUGCGUAUUUUGAUAGAAACGAGAUAGAUACUGUACACACAGCUGCAAAAAAAGGCAUUGUCUCAACCGGACAAGAGGAAGAAAGCAAGACAAGACAUAGAAAUAUCUGAUUUAUAUUCCAAAAAUAUUGACUCUAAGAUUCAGCAUUUAAUGUCUAAGCAUCGGAGCAGUGUCUCUGGUGAGAUAUUAGCAUAAAAGCCACCAAGUAGAGCAUAAAUCCCAAAGAACCAUUGCUAGGCGAUCAUAUUCCUAUACCAAUGCAUGCAAGUGAGUUAUAAACGUUCUUCUUCACACAGAAACGAUGCCAAGAUUGUUAAUCAUAUACUUAAUUGUGCUUGUCAGCAGUGCUGGUUUUGUGAGAGGUAACGAACUGAAGACAUGCGAGAGAGAUUAUGUGAAAAUAGGCUGCUAUGAGGAGUUUGGGACCCAAGCGAAAGAUCUCUUAAUCAACGAUCGCCAUAAAAUACGAUGGGACGCCAUAGAAAGCUACAUGCAUAACUUGGCCUGCCUAUGUAGUGAAGCUGCAAGAGCAGCGAACAAAGUUCGUUCCGAGCCCUAUGUUGGAUUUGCGUUGCAUUACUACGGCGAGUGUUACGGGCGAACUCAAACGCAGAUGGAGGCACUGAUCAAAAAGGACCAAACACAUCGGUGCGUAGGAAACCAGACGUACACGAAUUGCGAUGCGACGCAUGCAGAAUGCGUGGGUCAGGAAUAUGCUGAAUAUAUCUACAAAUUUAGAGAGGCAACAAUCCAGAAUGUAAAUGGCGGAUACGGUUCAUGGGGGCCAUGGACUUCAUGUAAAGGCGACUGUGGAGUUGGUGUUAAGGUACGAGAGAGAAUAUGUACACACCCCGAGCCAAUGGGGAGCGGUAAAGAUUGUUCUAAAUUGGGACCAAGCACCGAAACAGCGCAGUGUGAUACUGGCAAGAAGUGUCCAGAGCUGAUAUCACCUGUAAAAGAAGCAAGAGUUUGCGAGGGUGAAGGGGUGUCGAUCGAUUGCACGGGCGAUGCUGCGAUUCAAAUAUCGAGUGCCAUGUUUGGGCGCUUGUCACUUGCCCACUGCGAGCAGUGGUAUGGGACACACUGGCGGACGGACUGCAGGUCCCCCGUCUCAUUGACUAAAAUGAAGAAACUUUGUGACGGGAAAUCAUCUUGCUUUGUUUAUGCAAAUACAGGGGUAUUCGGUGAUCCUUGUAAAGGAACAGAGAAGUACUUAGAAGUAACAUAUAGAUGUAAAAGUAGAAAGCCAUUGAUGGCAUACAAAAAGAAAUGAUUAAUACCAAGACGUUUGAAGCAAUUCAAAGCAGUCUCUCAUUAGUUAACUCUUUUGGUUAGUUGCAGUCUCUUUUUAGUUACUUCAUUUGACAAAAAAAUCUUCUUGCUUGUAAUAGGUUGGAGUUAUACCAGAAAGGCUUCUUGAAAAAUUUCAUAUCAGUUGUCUGAAACCUGUAACAGUAUUGAAACUAAGAUAGAAAAUUGAAACUUUAGAAAA